ACUUUUCUCAGUGUACUCGCGUGUACACUUGCCAACUCGAUACUAAAAUUAAGUACAUGCUAACAACAAAAGAAUCGCCGUCCGUGUCGGUUCUUGUGAGAGAUAUGUAUUCUUUGACGACGUUUACAGUUUUCAAUGAAAAUUUUUCAUUUACAUUUACAAUAAUGGUUUAUGGUUUAGAAACAGUAUUUUUAUUUUUGAUAGUACAUAUUAUUAUUAUUGUACAAGAUAAAUAUAAUAUAUUAUUUAUAUACCAUUCCUGAAAGCCCUAGGCCUACAAGGCCUGUUGAGCUUAAUAAAUAAAUACCAUUACUGCAACUGCCACAUAUAAAAUCAUGUUUAAUCAAAGUGAAGUAAAACAAGAAGAUGGUGUGACAACUUGCAAAACUGAAAUAGAUAAUGAAGUAGAUGCAUUUCCAGAGGAAAGUUUUAAAAUUGAAAUAAAGGAUGAACCUAUCAGGGAAAGUUCAAAGGAUACAUUUGAUUAUCUAGCUGUUAAGAAAUGUCUUAUAAAAGCUGAAAUAGAACAAGAUGAUGGUUUCUCUUGCAAAGAUAUGAAAACUGAUGCCGAUAGCCAAUUAACAGAUCAUGGUAGAAGUGACAAUACCAAUGUGAACACUGGAGGACAACGUUUUAUAUGUAUCAUUUGUAAGAAACCUUUGUCGAACAAUUAUCGUUUAAAACUGCAUAUGAGGAUACACACUGAGGAAAAAUCACUUGAAUGUGAAACUUGCACCAAAAAAUUUUCAACGAAGGAUAAGUUAAAAGCACAUAUGACAGUGCAUACUGGUAAAAAACCAUUUGGAUGUAAAAUUUGCACCAAACAGUAUUUAACAAAGCAUACUUUAAAAUCGCAUAUGACAAGACAUACUGGUGAAACCCCAUUUAAAUGUGCCAUUUGCACCAAAAAAAUUUCAACAAAGGGUAAUUUAAAAGCACAUAUUAUGGCAAUGCAUACUGAUGAAAACCGAUUUGAAUGUGCCAUUUGCACCAAAAAAAUUUCAACGAAGGGUAAUUUAAAAGCACAUAUUAUGGCAGUGCAUACUGAUGAAAAACCAUUUGAAUGUGAACUUUGCGCCAAACAGUUUCCAACAAAGCAUACUUUAAAAUUGCAUAUGACAAGGCAUACUGGUGAAAAACGAUUUGAAUGUGAACUUUGCACCAAAAAAUUUUCAACAAAGAGAGGUUUAAAAGUACAUAUUAUUCAAGUGCACACUGAUGAAAAACCAUUUGGUUGUGAAAUUUGCACCAAACAGUUUUCAACGAAACACACUUUAAAAAGGCAUAUGAGAGUGCAUACUGGUGAAAAACCAUUUGACUGUGAACUUUGCACCAAAAAAAUUUCAACAAAGAGAGGUUUAAAAGCACAUAUUAUUCAAGUGCACACUGAUGAAAAACCAUUUGGUUGUGAAAUUUGCACCAAACAGUUUUCAAUGAAACACGAUUUAAAAAGGCAUAUGAUAGUGCAUACUGGUGAAAAACCAUUUGAAUGUGAAAUUUGCACCAAAAAUUUUUCAACAAAGAUCGGUUUAAAAGCACAUAUUAUUCAAGUGCACACUGAUGAAAAACCAUUUGGUUGUGAAAUUUGCACCAAACAGUUUUCAAUGGAACGCGAUUUAAAAAGGCAUAUGAGAGUGCAUACUAGUGAAAAACCAUUUAAAUGUGAAAUUUGCACCAAACAGUUUUCCAGAACGGACCUUUUAAAAGCACAUAUGACAGUGCAUUCUGAUCAAAAACCAUUUGGAUGUGAAAUUUGCACCAAACAGUAUUCAACAAAGAAUAGUUUAACAUCGCAUAUGAGAGUGCAUAUUGGUGAAAAACCGUUUGUAUGCGAAAUUUGUACCAAACAGUUUUUAAGAAAGGGUCAGUUAAAAAUUCAUAUGAUCGUGCAUACUGGUGAAAAACCGUUUUUAUGCGAAAUUUGCACCAAACAGUUUUCAUCGAGACAAGUUUUAAAAUCGCAUAUGAGAUUGCAUACUGGCGAAAAACCAUUUGAUUGUGAAAUGUGCUCCAAACAAUUUCCAACAAAACAACAUUUGCGAUUACAUAUCAGAGUGCAUACUGGUGAAAAACCAUUUGGAUGUGAAAUCUGCAUCAAACAGUUUUCAUCGAGACAAGUUUUAAAAUCGCAUAUGAGAGUGCAUACUGGCGAAAAACCAUUUGAUUGUGAAAUGUGCUCCAAACAAUUUCCAACAAAACAACAUUUGCGAUUACAUAUCAGAGUGCAUACUGGUGAAAAACCAUUUGGAUGUGAAAUCUGCAUCAAACAGUUUUCAUCGAGACAAGUUUUAAAAUCGCAUAUGAGAGUGCAUACUGGUGAAAAACCAUAUAUGGAUGUGAAAUUUGCACCAAACAGUUUUUAACAAAGGGUAAUUUAAAAUCGCAUAUUAGAGUGCACACUGGUGAAAAACCAUUUGAAUGUAAAAUUUGUUUUAAACAGUUUUCAAUAGAGAAUAAUUUAAAAAGCCAUAUGACAGUACAUAGUGGGUGUAAAGGGUAAUUUAAAAGCAUGCAGAGUGAGUUUUAUGUAUGGAAACGCUCAAUUAUCGGGGGUAAUUACACAAGUGCAUCAAAAUUAUCGAUAAUUUUGCUUGAUAGCAUAUUGCCUAAAAACUACUAGAGUUCAUUUGCUGAGCCAAAAUGUAAAAAUUAACGAGAGUAGUUUUUAAAAGACAAUACACUUGAAAGCUAAAUUAUUUGGUUAUUUUGAUGCGCGAGUGUAACUUAGGGAGAAAAUUACUCGAAGAAAGUGAAACUAUUAAAUGAAGAAAUAAUAGUUUUCUAAACAAUUUAUUUAACACGACAACAAUACCCAAUCUUCAAAAAACUAAUAACUAUUAAAGACAAAGUUAUAAGGAUUAUUUGCAUUAUUUCCCGAUGUGGAUUUAAAUUUUUGGAACACUAUAUUGGCAUUGUAUCAAUUAAAGUGAUAAUGGCGAGAUGAAAAUUGCAUUAUGGAACAAAGAAAAUGCAUUUUCCGAUAGGCAUUUCGAAGUGUUGAAAAAUGAUAAAUUUGUAAUUCGAAAAUAAUUGACAUAAAUGAGUUCAUUAUUAUGGUGUCUCCGAGGCACCGAUGUCUCCGAUGGUCUUUUAGGUAUCUGGUGCCUCGGAGGCCAUCGUCGUCAUCAUAUUCGUGUUCAGCGAACCCAAAAACCUCCGAGUAGUAAUGAACUAAUUUAUGUCAGUUAUUUCCGAAUUACAAAUUUAUCAUUUUUCAACACUUCGAAAUGCAUUUCGGAAAAUGCAAUUUCUUUGUUCAAUUCGCGAGCUCAAGCGAGGGUGCUGCCCCUUAUUUGCAACUAGAGGAAUUGGGAUCAAAAUAUAAACCAAUCAUCCGUUAACCUAUGUAUGGACGUCGUUUGAAAGCUUGUAGGAUGUGUUCAUUUAAUAAAUAAUUUAUUUAUAUUAAUUAAUUACAUCAAUAACAAUAUUAAUUAUAGAAAAAUACGAUAUCCCAAUUACAUCGGCCAUUUUCAUGCAACUGCACUGCCACCCAGGGCUGUGCGGUGCUAUGAUGCGGUGAGGCAACCGCAUCAGGCGGCAUCACAAGGGGGCGGCAUAAUCAGUAAAAUCAAAAUACAAAUUGAGCCAUUCAAUAAUUAAAAGUAUAUAUAGGACCAAGUGUCAGCCGAAAAUAUUUAAAUGGUGAAGGUUUAACAGAACUUAUUUUGACAAAUUUGGAAAAAAUAGUUCUUGUUAAAACAACUCAGAGGACAAGGUUAUGAUAACGGGGUUAAUAUGAAAGGAAUAAGAAAGGGUGUGCAAAACAGAAUAUUUGAAAAAUAUCCGAGGGCCUUUACGUGCCCUGCGCAUGCCAACUCAGUCAUAAAUGACGCAGCGUCUUUUUUUCACAGAAACAAACUUUUUUUGUAUUAUACAAGAACUGUAAACUUUUUUUCUGGUUUUACAAAGCGUUGGGAAGUUCUGAAAAAAACAUGUUUCACAACUAACACUAAAACCGUUGAGUACUACUAGAUGGUUAAGUCGAAUAUAUGCAUUGAAAUCUCCAAGAUUUCAAUUUUGUGAAAUAUAUAAUGCCUUAUUCGAAAUAAUAGAAGACGUCAACAAUAAUUCAGAAACUAAAGUCAAAGCACGAGGAUUAGUAAAAAAUAUUAAAAAUUAUAAAUUUAUAUGCGGUGUAGUCUUUGGCAUGAUAUUUUAUUUUAUAUAAAUUAAGUCUCGAAUAUGUAACAUCUGUUGUAACUAUAAAUUUGUCAUAUUGUGUAAAAAUGUCAGAAACUAUGGAAAAAUUAAAAUUUACUGACAAUUUGGCUAUGACCAAAUGAAAAUUACUGAUAAUGAAAUUGCAGAAAAUCUUGUAAAUAAGUUCCGAAUUUCCUGCUGAAAACGAAUAUUGAGGCAAGAGAAAAAUGCGUCAAUUUGAUCUAUGGAUUAGCUCUCAACAGAGAAAGAUAAAUUUGUAAAUUUUUUCAUCUAUAUUUUAAACAUUGCCUUUAAUUCUUUGAUUGAUCGAUUUUCGCUUUUAGAAACUCAUAAUAAAAAUUUUAAAGUUUGAUAUAUUUUUAAAUUGAGGGAAAUAUAAGAAAAAGGAAAGAUGAUAAAAUACUAGAAAAUAUUCAUUCAAUACUUUUUAUAGAAAAAGAAUCGGAUAUAGAGGCAAAUGAUUUUCUAGAAGAUUUAUUGCAUGAUUUAUCCCAAAUGAUACCAUACUCCAUGAAACCUUUAGAGGUUUUGAACUAUUUGUGCCAAAAUAACCUAAUUUCUUUAUACCCAAAUAUAGUUGUAUCACUAAGGGGCGGUAUUAUCUGUUCCGAUUAAAACCCGGUUAGAGGAAUUUUGUCAUGCGAGGUGCCGAAAGUACCAGCGCUAAAAAUUUUAUUAACACUCUGUCUCUGUAGCUUGGGGAAAGAAGUUUUUCAAAAUUAAAAAUGAUUAAAAACUAUUUACGAAGCUCCAUAAGACAAACAAAACUAAAAAAAAUUAGCACUUAUUUCAAUAGAGUCCCCACUAGCUGCUACUUUAGACUACACCGAUCUGAUUGACGAGUUUGCCAAAAUUAAAAUCAAAAGGAUAAAAUUGUAAUUUUCAUAAAUGUGAUUUAAUGUUAAUACAUAUUAUUUCAUUUAAUUUAAAGUAUGUUUUGUUUUUAAAAUAAAAGUUUUCGUUCAUUUUGUGUAAUUUCAUUUAAUAAAAAUAAAUACGAGUACUAGUAUUAAGCUGCAAUAAUAUUUAGGGGGCGGCAUUUCGAAGACUUGCAUCAUAUUGAAAAGAUGUACCGCACGGCUCUGCUGCCACCUAUAGUCGAUUGAGUUCGCGAAUAAUGCAAUUUUCAUUUCGUCAUCAUCACUUUAGUUCACAAAGUUUCCCAAGGCUUUUACGAAUCGAAUGCAACAAGUUUCAUCGAGAUGAAUGCUGCUAACAAAACUAAAAUUUUUGUAAAGUUUCCAGAAUUUUGGCCACUAGUGUAUGCAUAUGAGAGUGCAUACUGGUGAGAAACCGUGAAACAGUAAUUUAAAAAGACAUAUGGCAGUACAUACUGGGUGAAAAGGGUAAUUUAAAAGCAUACGGAAUGAGUUUUAUGUAUGGAAACCCUAAACUAUCGGGGGUAAUUACACAAGUGCAGCAAAAUUAUCGAUAAUUUUGCUUGAAAGCGUAUUGACUAAAAACUACUAGAGUUAAUUUGCUGAGCCAAAAUUGGAAAAUGCCAAAAUGGCACGAGUGUAAUUUAGGGAGAAAAUUACUCGAAGAAAGUGAAACUAUCAAAUGAAGAAAUAAUAAUUUUCUAAACAAUUUAUUUAACAGGACAACAAUAUCCAAUCUUAAAAAAACUAAUAAUUAAUAAAGACACAGUUAUAAUAA